GAAGACCGAUAGUUUUUUAUACCCCUGUUUGAGUUUCUGUGGGGGAAAGACAUGUUUUGCGGAGGAAAAGUAAAGUGUGAGUCCGAAACGUACGGUCUUCAAAGCCGACAGCAAAGGGAUGUUACUGAGAGUUGCUCGAGCUUCCUCAUCAGCAAAAUAGGACCAUAAAUCUUUCUCUGGCGAGGGAAAAAGCUCUGUUUGGCUCAUUACAAUGACUCUACAGGACCACAACUCCCGGUCCAGGCCUCGACCGGAAUGGGUUCUUGGCCUGGAAUCCUGUGUCUGUAAGAUGACAGCAAAACAGGAAAAACUCGGAAAGACUGAGACAUCGAGAAAAAGCGAGAGAGGGCCAGCGAGAGCUAGAAUGACUCUGGAAAUUCCCAGUGACUGCACAAGAACAGCCUACUGGAACAAGCAGUCAAACAGACGCACAUGCUCCUCUCUCUUUUUGUGUGUGUGUGUCUCUCUCUCUCCCCAUCUCUGUCUUUUUCUCACCCAUGUUGUAGGAUGACCUCAUCCAGGCAGCUGCCAGCCCCUUCCUCUUGAUGGCAGUUAAAGUGAAUAGCACAGCACCGAGGACAGAAGCACAAGAAGGAAGAAAAGGAAGAGAAAGAAUUAAAGGAGUGCCUUAUAAGUGGAAAAGAGGAGCAUUUGUGAAACCUGCCGCACUUUCUAAAAGGUGAAGAAAACAUGAGACCAUUGAAGAAAAACAGAGGCCGUUCUCCUCUGAUAAACAGGGGAAGAGGAGGGAGAAGAAGAGGGGGCUCCCAGCCCUUACAAGAGAAGGACCUCAAAAGAGUCAAGAGGGAGACACUCGUCAAAACCUCACAGCUUACCCCCAGCACUCCCUCCACAUGCAAGCAGACCCCACCCACAGCCUCAAACUCCAACGACAAACCAGUCACAAACAGCAAUACUCAUCUGAAGGAGGAGCCUGCAGAGCCAAGGAAACCUGUGGAGCCAGAUGCAAAGGAUGGAAAGAAAGAAGAAGAAAAGACAGAAAAGGAGAAGAUCGAGAGGACAAAUGGAAAUAGCACCAAGUCCACGGAUACUGUUGCGUUUCCUGCCUCUACCCCAGCACCGAUCUCUACAGCCACGCCCCCUCUGGCCACAAAUCACAGCUCAGGCUCAGUCUCAGUCUCUAGUAGGAAAACAGCCACAUUUAAGGCCCGUGUGCCCAAGAAAAAAUACACAUAUGAGCACUUUGCUAACAACACAAGUUCCCUCACUACCAUUCCUACCUCCAACCCUUCACUCAUACACAACAGUUACUGUAAUAUUAACAGCAAAAUAAGUGAUAGAGUGAACAUGCCCAAUAAUAAUUUAAAGAGUGGUAACAGUAUUGAUAAUAGCAUUAACAGAAGCACUAACAUGGGUAUAAGUAGUAGUAAUAAUAGUACACUUAAUCUGACUAACAGUAGUAAUAGUAACGCGAGGAGCCAUAGCACUUUUAUUAACAGCAGUAAUAGCAGAAGUUACAAUAGCUCAGGUAAUCAGCCAUCAGUGCUAACUGUAGAAAGUAAAGCUACAGGAGCAAACUAUUUUGUUUCCACAGAGGACAGGGCCCCCAGGAUAGUAGAUUUACAGGAAAAAGACUCCCCAGUUAGAGAAAAUGAUUCAGAUGGGACCUCUAACUCAGUGCGUUGCUCGUCUACGGACACAGCUAGCGAGCACUCAGCUGAUCUGGAUGUAAUGGAAGCAACAGGAUCAAGCUGUCAUCAGAAGAACAACCACAUUCCAGCUCCUCUCCUUAACUCGCACACUAAGGAGGCUGGCAUCUCAGAGGGGCUGACUGAGGCUCUGGCAAAAGGCAUGAAGAACCAGCGAGUUCUGGCCCGUCAGAUUAGAAGGAGCAUGGCUUCAGGAAACAGAAGGGUUAAAGAGAUUGACUCAUGCACUUUAUCGUAUGUGUUCAGACCAGGAGUGGUGCGCAGGGUGAGUGGAGGUGCUGUUGAGGUCCAGCUCCAAGGAGAGGAGAUGUUUGUUAAAUAUCCUUUUAAUGGGGGAACCUCAAUGUCAUCAUCACAGGACAAGAGCUCCGUGGAGGUGAUUUUGGAUGCGCCUCCACCUGGCAUGGCACCUGUAUCCAUUGGGACCAGAGUGUGUGUACCCUUUGGUGGAGAGGAGAGGGGUCCUCUGCUGUACAGAGAGGGAAUUAUAACAAAGGUUGACCCCCACCCUGGUGUCUCAUUUCCUUACCAGGUGCUCUUGAGUGAAGAUUUUCAGGACAGUGGAGGGGUGGGGGCAGAGAAAGAAAAAAGGAAAGCUAACAAUCAGGCUGUAUGGGUGUCCCGACAAAGUCUGAGGCUGCUCACUCGUCCAUGGGAGGUUCCACAUAUAGAUGGUGGGAGGGCAAAGGAGAGAGAGAGAGACAGGGAGAGGGAGGAGAGGGAGCGAAGGGAGGAGUUGGAGGUAGAAAGAGAGGUAUGCCAGUUGAGCAUUGGAAUGGGGGUGCUGGGAGGGGGAGCAAGGUUAGGCAAUAGUUUUUCACAUGAAGGAGUUAAAGGAGGGCAUCCCUACAGAAAUGCCAACCCCUCUCCUCACUCUGGUGUAGCUGGCGACACAGUACAAGUCUGUGGAGAUAAAUUCUCUGACAGGGAGAGGCAGAAACAGCCAACCACUCCAGAAGAAGAUGUUGAGGUGUCUUGUUUUAACAUGGGUCUCACUGUUGGAACUAAGCCAAACUCUGCAACCUCUCAGCACCGAAAUAUUGUCUCCAAGUCCAAUAACUAUUCCCCUUCCUCCCCCCACCUCUCUGUGGUGCGGGGUCUUGGUCCCCUUCAUAUCUCCACCCUAGCCAGUCCUCAGCCACCACCUUCCCCUGCCUUCCUGGGCUCUGAUUUAAACAACACUCCAAACCUACCUCCAUCAAAAACCACUCCAACACAGACCCCUAUUCCGACUUCUGGUGGGGGGUCUUCCACUACCUCCUCCCGCUCUAGGACACCACUCUCAUUGGCUCAGCAGAAAUACAAGAAAGGUGAUGUGGUGUGCACCCCUAACGGGAUCCGCAAGAAGUUCAAUGGUAAGCAGUGGAGAAGGCUGUGCUCCAGGGAAGGCUGUAUGAAGGAGUCACAGCGGCGAGGAUACUGCUCCAGACACUUGUCGAUGAGGACCAAAGAGAUGGAGGCAUCAGGGGGAGAGAGGGGAGGAGGGGGGAGCAGCUCAGGGACAGUCACCCCCUCUGACCUGCGUGGGAGAGCAAGCAGUGAGUUUGAGUGGGACGACACAUCAAGAGAAAGCAGUGAGACUAGUAGUAGAGGAGACUCUAGGCCUCGCUUGGUCCUCCCCACCCUCCUCCCCCACGACCUGUCAUCACGCUUUGACUUCGAUGAGUGUGAGGCUGCAACCAUGCUCGUGUCGUUAGGGAGCUCCCGCUCCGGCACCCCCUCCUUUUCACCUAUCUCCAACCAGUCGCCCUUUUCUCCUGCCCCCUCUCCCUCACCCUCUCCGCUGUUUGGCUUCAGGCCGGCGAACUUCUCUCCCAUCACUGCCUCCCCGGUUCUGCAGCACCGGAGGCACAGGCAGCCCAGCGGGACAGGGGGAGGUGGAGCAGGGGGCAGUAAGACCACAACCUUAGCUGGAGGAGGAGAAAGGGAGAGGCACACUUCAGGCAUCCAGCCCUCCUUCCACAGCAACCUGACGUUUACAGUUCCCAUGAGCCCCAGCAAACGAAAGACUGAUGCACCUCCUCCACCUCCCCUCCCCUCACACCACCAUGAUUACACGCCCAAGACAGAGCUGGAGCAGGGGGAGCUCAAUAACUCUUUCAGGGUGCUGUCCCCCCAGACACCCGCUUCACAUUCCCACACACCCACCUUCUCCCGACCCAGAGGAGUGAGCACCCCAUCCUCCAGCAGGCCUCCAUCCUCCCCUGCUGUGUCCCCUCCUCCUCUACUGAUGUCUCCUACUCCUUCUUCUCCUCUCACCCCUGAUGGAGGACCCCGUCGAGUGGUCCCUGUAUCCCAACAGGCCUUGCGGGACUCCCCUGUUAUUGUAAGAAAUCCUGAAGUCCCACUGGCAAAAUUUACUGAGUGCCCCUUGGGAAGAGGAGGAGAUGGAAGUGGAAACGAGGGGGGGACAGACAACACCACAUCUAAAGACACUGUCCUAUCCCCCCUCAGCCCUCAGCCAAUCUCUGGCCUCCAGGUUCCCGUCCCGAUCAACGCUGCUGCAACUGCAGUCUCAAAUGGCACGGUCCUCUUACGGAGUCCAGCCCAAACUCUGGUGCUUGUAUCUCCAUCCCCCUCCUCCCUCCCCACCUCUGACACCCCUGCGGCCCCCCUGCAAGCCCUGUCAGUAACAGUUAGCACAACGGUCACGGCUCCUGCUCCCAGCAGCACAGACAGUUCUGGGGAACAAGAGGAGAACAGGGGGACAGGGUUUGGAGGUGAGGUCCAGCAGCCAGUCCCCUGUCACCCCUCUCCUACUGCUCUGCUGCCCCUCAUCCUGCCAAAUGAAAACCUUCAUCCCGUCCCAAGAAAAGACAUCAUUAUGGGACGUCCUGGCACAGUGUGGACCAAUGUUGAGCCUCGGUCAGUUCCGGUCUUCCCCUGGCAUUCAUUGGUCCCUUUCCUGGCACCCACUCAAUCAGAUUCUUCUUCCCAGCCAGGAGAAGGCCAGCACCCUGUCAACCACCCCCAAAUAACCAGUCUGAAGUCAGAGUGUCAGGGGGUGGCAGCUCUGUCACAAGAGCCUGCAGAGGCACCUCCCACGGUAGAGAGAGGUUCCCUGUCCAGGCCUCCCCCCUCUUCUGAUGAGCCGCCUCCAGAGAAGGAGAAAGGAGAAGCAGAGAGGGAGAGGCCUGACAGUGAGACAGAGAGCGACGUGGAUGACCCCUUCCUCCCAGGAGUUGUGCCAGAGCAGCCCCUCUCUACAUCCCCAGUAAAGCGACGCACUCAGUCUCUCAGUGCACUACCUAAAGAUGGAGAUAAGAGUAGCCCCGGAAAGAGGGAGAAAGACCACAUAAGGCGACCCAUGAAUGCAUUUAUGAUUUUCAGUAAGCGCCACCGAGCACUGGUGCACCAGCGGCACCCAAACCAGGACAACAGGACAGUUAGUAAAAUUCUGGGGGAGUGGUGGUAUGCUCUGGGACCGAAGGAGAAACAGAAGUAUCAUGACUUGGCCUUCCAGGUAAAAGAGGCCCACUUUAAGGCCCACCCAGACUGGAAAUGGUGCAACAAAGACAGGAAGAAGUCUAGCUCUGAAGGCCGUGGGGUCCCAGGGGGCAAAGACAUCAGAGAGAGGAGCAUGUCUGAGUCCACAGAACCCCAUUCAGUGGAGCUGAAGGCGGUCGGUCCAGGUCUUGUGGGUGUGUCUGAGAGGAGUACAGGAGACGGUCAUAUUGGCCAACUUACCCGUCCUCGAGCCUUCUCUCAAAGUGCCAUGCACAGUCUGGAGCGGGUUGACAGGGGGAAUACACAGGCCCUGGCAGAACUGGCACAAAUGUGCGGAGAUGGCAGCAGUCAGUUUUCCAGUCAUGCCCCACCCCUGUCACAGUCCCAGCGGGGCGUCAGUGAGGACAUGACAAGUGAUGAGGAGCGCAUGGUCAUCUGUGAAGAGGAGGGAGAUGAUGAUGUCAUUGAGGACCCUUAUCCUAGCAGUUCCAUUGACCUGAAGUGUAAGGAGCGAGUCACUGACAGUGACAGUGAGAAUGGCUCUGGUGAUGAAAGUGAUCGCAAGAGGGUUUUUGCUCCAGUCAUUUGCUCCUCUGCAUUAUCAUCCUCCUCACAUCACCCCCCUCAUGGCAGGAGUGUCUCACUGUCCUCUUACCCCACCAGCAAGCGAUAUGAUGAGGGGAGAUCAGGAGGUGGAGGGUUUUUAGAUCACAGGAGAAAGGAGAGAGGAGAGGGAGAAGGUAAGGACUCUUUAGGGGGAGAGGGAGGAGGAGGAGUACAAGCCAUCUCCCUCUCCCUCUCUUCUGGCCACACAGUCAUCUCCACCUCUCCAGCUGGAGGGCCUCCGUCCUCAUCAGUAGGCUCAAGUGGAACAAACCCAUUCCUUGGCACUGGAGCUGUGAGGGUGGCCUCUACUGUGGUGACCAAUGUAAUGCGUCCUGUUAUUAGCACACCACUCCCAAUCGCUAGCAAGCCCAGAGAUGGAGGAACUUCAUCCAGCCCCCAUCCACCAGAGAGAAAGUCCCUGACUCCUCAGCAGCAGCCACAACUUCUGAUUGGUUCAGGGCCAGGAGGCAUGGCUGCAGCAACAGGGGGUGGGUACUACUCUUCCUCAUCACCUAAUCCUGUAGCUGCAGGCGUGGGCCCUGGUGGUGUAGUGACUAAUUUGGUAUUAGGAGGAGCCCUCUCCACUCAACCUGCUGUGCAACUCAUCACCCCCUCCCCUCAGCCUUCCCAGCAACAAGCGCUCCCCCCCACUGCUAUUUCAGCACCACAUAGCCAAACCAAUGGGCCUUUGCCUCUACCCCUGCUUCAGCCCCAGUUCCUUCCUGCCUCUUCUCUUGCAUCCCCUGGGGGUAAGGCCAUCACACAAGUUCAAUACAUCCUGCCCACCCUACCUGCAAGCACUCACCCCAAGAGUCCUCCUCAACAGCCAACCAGUAUCUUCAACCUGCCCACAGCUCCCCCCACACAUGUGUCCUUGGCCAAUGGAAAGCAGCAGAGUGCAGGGUCACUGACAGGAUAUACGUCCAACCAGGCUGUGGGAGUGGUCAGCCCGGGAACAAGAGUACAAACACAGUCUCCAGUCCUCCAGGGUAAAAUGCUUGUUCCCAUGGCAACAGUACGGACUGCGCCUGCCCAAGCCCAGCAGUUUCCCAUUGUGGCUCCACCUCUUCCUGUCCAGAAUGGGGCUCAGGCCGGAAGCAAGAUCAUCCAGAUAGCUCCCAUGCCUGUUCAAUCCCAGCUGCCUCAGGGUGGAGCAGUCCAUCCUACCAGCCCCUUCCCUGUGGGCACUGCAGCUGUGGUGGCUCCAGGAUCAGCUCCUUCCCAGGCUGUUCUUCUGCCACCAGCACCUACCAGGAUCACCUAUGUCCAGUCCACUCCAGGGGUCCCAUCAACUCUUCCUCUGGUAUCCACAACAACAGGCUCCUCCACCGCACAGCAAACCCUGCCAGUGGCUGGAUCUGCAUAUGUUCCAUCGCCCCUAGCAACACUUGGGUUCACCGCAAUCGCACCACCUGGACAAACGCUGGUGCAGCCGCUGAUUGCAGGUCAGCCUCCACUUCUGGCCACAGCUCAGUCUCCUUUGCCCUCCACCUCGGCCCCUGCCUCGGGCUCCAGCAGCCAGAUCGUUACUGCCAUCUAUCCUCCUUCCCCUAGCGUCACCAUGGCAACAGGGGUGGUCUCCAUGACAGCAGUGCCCCCCAGUGUGGUUUAUGCUGUCUCCAGCCCCUCCAGUGCUUCCCCUCACAUCCUGUCCAAACACACAGCAACCCCAACAACGGUCACACACCCACAUCCACAGCUCCAUACAGACCGACAGGUAGACAAGCACCUGCCCCCGGACAGACCUGCAGAGCGUCAGACAGACAGACAGGCCGAGAGGCAGGCAGAACUGCUUAUGCACUCUGACAGGCAGCUGGAGAGACAGUCACAGAUCUCCAGCAGCUCAGUGGCACCUCCCAGUGGUUCAAAUGUGUCCAUAAGGCCUUGCAGUCCUCCACCUCAGAUCCAAACACCAGGGAGUAUAUCAGCUACACCCAAACUAACCCAGCUUCCAGUCAGGACCCCUCAGAAGGUGAAAGCAACAGUGGCAAACAUCCCUGUUGGCAGCUAUGAAGGAGGGGGCAGAGGAAAAGAGAGGGACAGAGAGAAGGAGAGGGAAAGAGAGAGAGAACGGGAGAGGGAGAGAGAGCGGGAAAAGGAGAUGGAUGCUGCUGCCUCCAGUCAUUUUUCCUUUGAGGUUGAGCCUGCAGGGCAGUCCGGUUCUCCAACCACACAUCCCAUUGAGGAGCCUCAGUCAUCCGAGAGGCCACUGGAGGGUGCCAGUGCAGCAGACUCCUCUGAAACACGGAACAGAGAAAGCACAACCGCCAAAGAGUCUGGAUGGAAGGAGUCCCUCCCCUCCUCUCCUCUUCCCCCUCCUUCAACCACAGACUCCACCCUUCCUCCCCCACAGACAGACAAAGAUGCUCCUAUACCCAAAAAGGUCAAAUCCCGCCCACCACCGCUGAAGAAGACAUUUGACUCUGUGGACAAGUCUGGCAGGGUGCUGUCGGAGGUAUAUUUUGAGGAGCGCUUUGCAGAGCUGCCAGAGUUUCGGCCUGAGGAGGUUUUGCCUUCACCCACCCUGCAGAGCCUGGCCACUUCACCUCGAGCCAUUCUGGGCAGCUAUCGUCGUAAGAGGAAGAACUCGACAGAUUUGGAUUCAGCCACUGAUGAUCAAGUCUCUCCUAAGAGAAAAAGUCGGCGGCGCUCAAGCUGCAGCUCAGAGCCAAACACACCUAAAAGUGCCGCCAAGUGUGAGGGAGACAUCUUCACCUUUGACAGAACAGCCCCGGAUGGAGAAGACAUCCUAGCAGAACUGGAGUUUGACAAGGUGCCGUACUCCUCCCUGAGACGAACCCUAGACCAGAGGAGAGCUCUGGUCAUGCAGCUGUUUCAGGAGCAGGGCUUCUUUCCAUCAGCUCAAGCUACUGCAGCCUUCCAAACAAGAUACUCGGAUAUUUUUCCCACUAAAGUGUGUCUGCAGCUGAAGAUUCGGGAGGUGCGACAGAAGAUAAUGCAGACGGCUACCCCCUCUGACGCCCCUGGUUUGGGCCCUCCUGACUCAGCUGGUCUCCCUGGACCCUCUGGCUCUCAGUCGGGAGAGGGAUCUAUGAGAGGAGGCGGGGACCUGCAGGAUGAUGAAGUGGAUCAGGGGGCUGAGGGGAGCCCUGAGGAUCAGCGUGAUUCACAGGACUCCUCUAGAUGAGGGACAUUGACUGAUCCGUUUCUGCCACACCUUUGCACCUGCUAAAUGCUUUUAAAAGAAGACGUUUAUCUACUCUGAAUGCUCCUCUGGACACAUCCUGGUUUCUUUCCCUCGUCUACAGCUAAGCUGUGAGACGGAGAGAUGUUUGUAUGCAAUGUUGGGACUUUUAUUUAGCAAUGUGUGACUCUUGUACCAAAAAAAAGGACACAUGAAAACCAGUGGCACAAAAACUACUACACAAACACAAACACCCUGCGGAAUCUUUAAUUCCCCACUUGAAUUAGCACUCUGUAUUAAUUAACUCGGAGAAAGCGCUCAUCAAUGCCAGUGAAGGAAGGACCAUUGUGUACAGCUGCACUCAUUUGCCAUGAAGAAGAAAGAACUCUCAUUUUGGAUGGAGCAACUUCCUGUUCUGAGACGGUGAACAGUCAGCAGUUUUAAUUAAGGACAUUUAAUGUUUUAUUAUUUGUUUUAAAUAAGGUUUAAGGAAUAAAAGCAGCAAUUAUCUGCUUGAGGAACAAGCUGUAAGUGGACUUAACUGUUCUAAGCUUGUUUUCAUGUUUCUGCUGACAUUUGGGGGCUGGGCCCUCAAAAGCCAGAAACAAUCUGAUUUGAUUGGAGAGCUUGUUCCUAUGGACCUGGAAAGAUCCAUCUCUCCAUUUUCAUUUCUCACAUAUAGACCUUCAGGGGAGGUCUGUUGGGAGUGACUGAAAUUCUAGUGGACUUCUGGCAGUGCCAUCAUUCCUGCAGUUACCUGUCUGGCCAAGUCGCCCCUUCUUGCAGCUGACCCGAGCACAUGCCAGUAGGUAGGAACCAAGCAUUCCUGUGCCUCUCAUUCACUAGCCAUGAAGGACGUUGGGUCAGAGUCAAUAGGCACAUCCUGGCUCUUAGUUGUAGAGGUCAGGCUGAUUAAGCCUUAAUCCUCUAUUGCCAAGCAGUUUUAUUAACUUUUUUAAAUAAUUUGAUUUGUAUUUAACAUUGUCAUAUUCAGUUUGUUGUUGUACUAUUCCUAUGGUUAUUAUUAUUACUCCUCAUAUCAUUGCAGUGAACCCUGGCCCUUUGUUUUGUUCUCAUUGCUAGCAGAUGUUUCUUUCAUUUCUGCCAGCUGUUGAGUUCUUGUAUUAUUUUUAUAUAAUUUUGGAGGCAGGUGAGACUUCUCCAUAUCUUUACAGUUCCUCCAUUUUAGUCUUCCCUUGACUGGCCUCCCACCUCAGCAAGGAUCUGCGGUGCAGUUUAUUUUUUAUUGUUCAUUUCAAAGAAGACAAACACAACAUGGACCUUUCUAUUCUUUCAACUGUAAUAAGCCGUAUGUUUGUUUUAGAUCACCCCAUAUGCCUGUCCCUCGCUUAGUUCAAUUUGAUACUAUCGAAACUUGUGCAUCUCUUCCUCCACCUCUUUUCUUCCCUCCUUCCUCCCUUUGUCACUUUAUUGCUCUCUCCAGACCUCCUUUUUAGACAGGCGGAGAGAAACCCGGGGGAAGUGAGGGGAGGGUAAAGAAUCAAAAGAGAGCUGGUAGGAUCUUAUACUGGUUGUGUCUUUGUGCAAGACUUGGUUGUGUUGUAAAUAAUUACUGUAGAGUCAGUAGACUCAUUAUAUUAUUGAUAAGGAAAAAAAAAAUCUGUCAUUGAACAUGAGUCAACUUUUAAGAACAACCAUUCCCGGAAGUAAAACACAUGAAAUGGAAAAAACAAUAAAUAUGGCUAUUAAUGUUUUUGUGUUUAACUCCUUGUUCUGCUGUUCCAGUAUACAAGAGAGGAAUUUCUAUGAAUAAUUUAAGUUUGUAUCUGUAACUUUCAGUAUGCAAAUAAAAAUAGAUGUUCAAUUAAAGU